CUGAAAAUGUCAUGUCCCAACAAUGUGACUUCUAACUCGUUUUUGAUGGACUCGUUGGCCGGUACCUGUAGAGGGGAGAAUUAUUCCUCCAGCCAAGGGAUGUACAUGCAGCCUGGGAGCGAUUUCAGCUGCGGAGUCAUGAGGAACUGUGGAAUUAUCCCGUCUCUUUCCAAAAGGGACGAGGUGAAUAGCGCUACCUUGUCUCUCAGCACCUAUCCAUCUUACCUUUCUCAGCUAGACACUUGGUGUGACCAAAAUACGUACAGGAUCGAGCAACCUGUUGCAAGACAGCUCCCAUCCUGCUCCUUCCCAACCAAUGUCAAGGAAGAGAAUGUUUGCUGUAUGUAUAACGCUGACAAAAGGGCUAAAAAUGCCACAGAGGCAGCCCUCUAUCCCAACCAAAUGCCUGAGCCUUGCCUAAAUGACCAUGAAGUCCCCGUUCCUAGCUACUACCGAGCAAGCCAAGGUUACCCCUCCAUGGAGAAGACGUCAAACUGCAGCAAUCCAAAUGAGUUUGAGUCAAGUUUUGAAUCCAGGGCGAGCCUGAACCCAAGGAACGAGCAUCUGGAACCAGCACCACCACCUCCUCCUCCUCCUCCUCCUCCGCCCCCGGUGGCUAAAGUGAGUUUCCCCGAAAACACAAAAACAGAUAAUACUCAGAACACAUCCACGAACGAAAUUAAAACAGAAAAAAGCGCCCCAGCACCCAAAAUCAGCCCUUCGGAAGCAGAGAAAGAGCUGAAUAAAAACACUGACACCAGCACUGACAAUUCUGACAAUGAAGCAAAAGGUAAGGGAAUCAUUCAUUAUCAAGUCGCUAAUUUCAGCAAUUAGUAAUCGUCCAUGGCUGUGAGAAUAGCAGUGAUACGGAUAUGCGGCGGUGCGCUCUCUGUGUGCGCCAGAGAUGGGCAAAUUAAUGCUGGUUUUGUGUCUGUGUGUUGUCGCUGGCUUUGGAAAAACGGAGAUUUGUUCGGAUUGGAAACGUAUAUUUAAAAAUGUGUAUAUUGGAGCUGUUUUGGGGAGGUCGGGGGGGUUGUAAGGAGGGAUCCGCUCAUUGGGAACGCGUCCUCUCGUUGUGUGCAUUGAGAAAAUAACAAAUCGCUGUGCGUGUGCUUAUGAAAAAAAAAAAUAUGUCCUUUGCGAUGAACGCGCGUUGAGAUGAGGCGGAUUUGUAAAGAUUGCGAUAUCGCAGCGGCUCCGGGGUUGUUUGGGGGAGGGGUCGUUUCGGGGCUGCUGUGAGCUGGUGCUGUUUCUCAAGGCGGCUGAACCCGAUUUUUUCCCCCUUCCCCUCUUUCCCCCCUCCGCUCAAAACGCUCCGCAUCCGCGAGAGGAGCGGAUGGGGUCCUUUUUGGGCUUCGACCUUUGGGAAGAAAGGGGGAAAAAAUAGGGGAGAAAACGCCGUUUUGC